AUGUUUUCCAGCGGCGAGCAUGACACCGCUAUGAAAGAAGGUGAUAGGACUAGUGUUAACAAUGCCGGAUCUGUGGCGCGUGAAUGUAACGCGCCGCCAAGAUGGAGGAAUUGCAGAGGCGUGAGGCGGCAGCCAUGGGGGAAGUUCGCGGCAGAGAUCCGGGAUCCAAUGAGGAACGGAGCGAGAACUUGGUUGGGAACUUAUGAGAGGGAAGAGGAUGCAGCUUUGGCGUACGAUAGGGCUGCUUUCAAGAUGAGAGGUAGAAAAGCAAAGCUAAAUUUUCCUCACCUCAUUGGAUCGGAACCACCGCCGGAGCUGGCAAGAGUAGUCGUCAGAAAGAAGCGGCACCGCUCACUGGAACCUUCAUCGCCGUCAAACAGUACAUCUGUGGAUGACGGAUCUCAAGGGUCAUGUAAGAAGAAGAACCUGGCUGGUCUAUUGAAUAAGAUAGCAACAAAUUGAAACCUAAGUCAG